AUGAGCCAAGUUCCGGUCAUCGACUCCACGCCUCUGUUCACUUCAGCUUCAUUUUCCUCUCCUGAGUGCCUUGCAACGAUCUCUCAGAUCCAUUCUGCUUUCAGCACCUGGGGCAUCUGUAUCCUUACGGGAACUACUUCCGUCCCUCCAAGCCUCACAAAUGCCCUUCAAACAGCUUUGAACAGAUUCUUCUCGCUCCCCUCCCAAAAGAAAGAGGAGCUUCAUGUAAAGAAUGGGGGUUGGGCAUGGAGAGGCUACAUGCCUUGGGGCGGAGAAGGAACGAAGGGUAAUACAGACCAGAAGGAGGGGUUUUAUGGAGGCCCAGAAUUGAACCCCGACGAUGGGCAUCCAUUGGCAGGUAUGCCGACUUACGGGAAGAAUCAGUUUCCAGACAGAGACAUACCCGAGAUGAGGAAAUUGGUGUUGAAAUACAUUGAGAGGGCUACCGAGCUUGGUUUGACAAUUAGUGAUGCGAUCAGUGUGGGUCUGGGUUUGGAGAAGGAAGAAGUGAGGAGGAGGAUUUUGGAGCCUGAACCAAUACAGCUCUUUCGAGCUUUCAAGUAUUUAAAAAGACAGGGUAUUGAAACCUGCGGCAUCGGAGAGCAUUCGGACUUUGGAUUUCUAACUAUUCUCUCACAAACUGCGGCUGGCCUUCAAGUUGUCUCCCCUUCAGGCGAGUGGGUAGAUGUGCCCGUAAUUCCAGAUUCAUUCGUGGUUAAUGUUGGUGAUAUCCUUGACCGCCUCACUUCUGGCCUUUAUGUCUCUCCACUUCAUCGUGUUUUGCCUCCAUCACCUAUGUCCGACCGGCUUUCCAUUCCAUUCUUCUUUGACCCCGCUUGGACAGCUGAGAUUCGACCUUUUCCUCUCGCCACUACCGGCAGCCCUGACUCGGCGACGCUCAAACGCUGGCAAGAACGGUCGACGUUUAAUAGUCUCCAGGGUAUUUGGGGACAAUACCUUGGUGUGAAAGUCCAGAAGGUCUUUCCAGAUCUUAAAUUGCCUGAGUUCCCUGCAGUGAGUAGGGCAAGUACGAGACAUUUGAUUGAGGUUAAGAAGAUUUAAGAAGGGUUUAUCACAAUAUAGGAAGAUCAGAGAUCAUCAGAGAGGAGCAUCAAGUGACCAAAACAUUUAUUCGAAAGAGAAUGAUUAACGUGUCUUUGGAAGUUAAAACUAUUGAGUGGAGUAUCUUAACCCGGGGAUUUCUUUUCCGAAAACUUUUAAGACUCCGCUAAACCAUUUGCUAAAGAAUUAGUUCACACUAGUUACGUACGGUACAUCAAGACCUUCAUGUUGCCUUC